CCUGUGCCUAUAUAUUGAGCUCUGUGAGAUGAGUCCUAACAUCUUAAACCCUUCAAGGACAAAGCAAUAGGCUGCCAGCCCUUACUUUCAAGGAGGAAUGAAGGCGAUUGUGAUCAUCUGCCUUUCUCUCUGCUUUCAGCAGGCAGUAACUCAGGGGACGGACGAGCUAUCAGCUGCUCCAAGUGCCACCCAAAAUGAUCCCAAUGCCCAUCAGGGUGAUGAGCUGCCGACAAGACAAACUCCUUCAGUAGUCAAACGAGAUGUUUCUAAGACCCAAAGCAAUUCGGAUAACGCGGGUGGUGCUUUUCUGGCAACCGGUCUAAAUGAUAAGAGUUCUACUAGACAACGCAGAAGUGGAAGGCCAGUCUUUAUCUCCCAAGAACGUAUUGAUCAAAUGAAAAGUGUCCCCCUGUCCGCUCUAUCUACUGAAGCUGAGUCUAACAGAAAAAUCAUCCUUGAUGUACACAAUGAAUUAAGGAGGACUGGUAACCCUACUGCAUCCAACAUGCUGAAACUGGUUUGGAGUGAGGAGGCUGCAAAAACAGCAGCUAAAUGGGCAAAAUCAUGCAACCAAUUUCACAGUCUAAGGGAAAAUCGUACUAUUCCUGGGUUUUCCUGUGGAGAGAACCUGUUCAUGGCAUCAUAUAAAGCAGGCUGGGAGGAUGUUAUUAGGUCAUUCUGGAGUGAAAUUGAAGAUUUUACAUAUGGAAAAGGAGCAAUCGAAGGUCGGCAGGUGUUACAUUAUACGCAGGUCAUGUGGUACCGCUCAUGGUAUAUUGGGUGCUCUGUAUGGCAGUGCCCUAUAACUGAUCACUCAUUAGAGUUCUACUAUGUCUGUCACUACUGCCCAGCGGGAAAUAAUGGAGAUCCUGCUUACCCAUACAAAAGUGGCAAGCCAUGUGCAGACUGCCCAGGAGCAUGUGAAAAUGGCCUCUGCACCAACGGUUGCAAAUAUCAAAACAAAUAUAGCAACUGUGAUUCUCCCAAAGCUAGUUGUGGAAACCCAACGGACGAGGCCGAUUGCCCCGCAACCUGUUUCUGCAACAACAAUGAGAUCCGAUGAUUUCCUUCUUUAUAAACAAUGAGGAAUUUAUAUGAUCUCUAUGGGCUUCUUUGCUUUGAAAUGAAACGUAAUUAAGUAUAAAUUCUUCGGAAAUAAAUGAGUGGGUGAUAAAUUGCAGUAUUGUCUCUACAUAAUCAUAGUCACUGAUUUUAAUUCAAUAUUUAGACUUGAUCAAGAAAUCAUGUAUCACAAAUCAAUAACUUUGCAAAUUCCUGUAAUCCUGGCUAUAGCAUCACAUUUAAUAAAGCAAUUGGAUAAGCAUA